AUGAAUAAAACAGACCCUGGCACACGGUCCUGCCUGAGCCCGGCCCCGGAGCCCGGCCCCGGAGCCCGGCCCCGGAGCCCGGCCCCGGAGCCCGGCCCCGGAGCCCGGCCCCGGAGCCCGGCCCCGGAGCCCGGCCCCGGAGCCCGGCCCCGGAGCCCGGCCCCGGAGACUGACACGGCAGGCGCAGUGGUGCCGCAGAAAGCAUGUUGA